UGUUCUGUUAGUUUUUGUCAUUCUGUGUACCGGACUUUGGAUUACGUAUUACAGACUUUGCCUGAUUUCCGCCUGCUCUGACCCUGAUCUACGUUUACGGACUUUGCCUGACUUCUGCCUUCGUACCCUGACUACGCCUCUGUCUGAUCAGCCUCUGGCCUCCUAACAUCCACUGGGUGUAUUGUGUCACAUGGAGGUCAUUCCAGUGGGUUCACACUCUGGUCCUGAUUCCCUCGUGUUCCAAUUCCCCUCUGAAGUAACACCUGGUACUCCCCUCGGGAAAGUCUCUUCUCACCAUCAGAGGUAUCGUGUGAAGAAUGAGGGGUGUGCUCAGAAGGAGUUGAUCACGUGGUCAUAACACACAGAGCAGCAAGAUGCUACUAGAUGAUUGAAUAUGGGGGUCCCUGCUGCAACUUUGAGAAGAAAACUGGCUCUCAGGCAUCAUCCAGACAAAAAUCCUGACAAUCCCCAGGCAGCUGAAACAUUUAAAGAGAUUAACAAUGCUCACUCCAUACUAUCUGACAUAUCUAAGAGGAAUAUUUAUGACAAGUAUGGUUCCCUCGGAUUGUACGUUGCCGAACAGUUUGGAGAAGAAAAUGUUAACACGUAUUUCAUGCUGUCUAGUUGGUGGGCAAAGGGGUUGUUCGCUUUUUGUGGACUUCUGACUGGAUGUUACUUUUGUUGCUGUCUCUGCUGUUGCUGCAAUUGUUGCUUUGGAAAAUGUAAACCGAAAUCAUCAGCGGAAGAAGAUUAUGAGUACUAUGUGUCACCCGAGGACCUGGAAGAACAGAUCAGAACAGACAUGGAAGCAGAUGGCCAUACUUCUAUUGUAAUGCAACCAACAAAUGCGAAUGAGAAAACUCAGCUGAUCGGAGAUAGUCGCCGUACGUACCAAACGGAUUCCUAAAAAUGAAAGCAGGACCACGGUUAUCUCACUACCACAAGUUAUAUAUUAAUAAAGUUCUAUGCGGACAGUUACAUCGUUCUAGACGCACAUGAGCAUAUGCUGGAUUUCUACUAGAAAAGUCUCUUGAAAAAUAAACACUCUACAUGUACUAUCAAAAUGAAUUGUCUUCAGGAUAUUUUUGUAGGGCGGUCUAAAAAUAAAGUAAACCUUUGCAAAUCUG